AUGGGAAACAAAGCUAAUAAAAAGAAGACUAAGGAAGACACCCGCAUUCUUGGCCCAAGGCAUAUAACCUCUCCUUCUGACACAGUGGUUAAACGAAUGACCAAUCGUCCUCAAUACCGCUCGAAUUACGCCGGGUUUCCUCUAUCCUUCCAAGUCCCCAGUGCUCCAAGUGAUCAGUCUGUUUCCAAUCUUUUAAAUAAUGUUAGCCAUCUUUUUACAAAACCGAUGGUUUACAUAGACAGAAGUAUGGGAUCACUUUGCCCUAGAUUUGUGAGCCCCAGUACGUUGGAGGCCAAAGCUUUGAUGAAAGCCCCGGGAGAAACCACCAGGUUUAAGGGCAUGCUUGGAACCACGGUAAAAGAGCUUGACUAUACUAUUGAAGAAUGGCUAGGACUCUUAGGGGUUGGCUAUGACCAGCUCAUCAACACCAUGAAGUUCAAUAUGCGGUUGUACAAUCUGAUAAAAGAACCUGAUGAGAUCCUCAGAUGUCCAGUUAAAGAUGAUGGUACCAACGUUGAAAUUUUGCAUGCCCACCGCCGUCCAGCAACAUCUCUCAAAAGGCUUGGUAAUGAGCAGCUUGAAGAUCUUUGCAAAAAGUAUGGAAUCAGGGUGUUUGGAAUCGGUAAAGCCAAGAGAACCAUCAUGUUGACCCAGCUUGAUCUUGUGUUCAACAAACCUUAUUCGGCAGAAGAUAGCUUUCCGAUAUUCGAGUUCAUGAAAGGCUAUACUGGAGGUCAUCCAGAUAUUUCAGUGAUCAAACACAUAAUCGGUAUGUUUCCGAAUAUGAAAGAGUUUAGAAGUAAGUUAGAUGAUAUGUCACAUCAGUUAGGUGUUCUAAAAUUGGAUGGUUCCGGAAAUGUCCUAGUGUGUGAGGUUAAUUGGUUACAAAAUAUCCUAGACAAGCAGCUUGUUGAUUUGGAUAGUAUGGAGAACAAGCUUGAAAAGUUCAAUUGGAUGUUUAAGGGUAUACUUGAUAAGUUCCAGGGCAGUUUCAAGAGGGAGAUUAAUCUUGUAAAGACUGAGAUUGAGUUGAUUGUGAGCAGUUUGGAUAGUACACGCAGCCAUAUUUACAGGUUGAAGAGCCAGAUUGUUGAAUUGAGGAACAAGGCUGGUAGAUAUAAGGUCUUCGUACAGGGUAAGAAGAAAGCCAAAAAGGCGGUGCUGAAGAAGCCUAACUUGCCUCGUACUAUUGGAGACCUUCGUGCGGCCACACAAGCACUGUUAGCUGAAAUUGUAGAGUAUUAUGGUCUAUCUCUGUCCCUGCGAGACCGUAGUUGUCUUUUCCAACAGAUUCUUGAGUUCUUGCACAUCAGUGAGUAA